GACAGUCAGUGGCGCACGUGCGACGCAGCGAGCGGCACCGCAGCGGGGUAGACAUCAAGCCGACUCGGUCACGAGCAGAACGGAGGACGUCGGAGCACGCGGUCGCCACACGACGAGCAUACCAUCCUGAUCACGAUGAGGUGCGGCUGGAGCGUUGUUUUCUGCGCGGCUGCUGUGGUGGUGGCACGAGCGCAGAACCAGUACUGCCGAUUUACUCCCAAGCACACGCUCUGCCAAUUCCAGGGCCCCGGACCAGCCUGCGACCAGCUGCAGGCGCGCCAGGUGAGCGCGCAGGAGGCCAAAUACAUCGUGGCCGAGCACAACCGGCUGCGGUCCAAGGUGGCCAACGGCCGCGAGACGCGCGGCAAGUCGUUCGCCCAGCCGUCCGCCUCCAACAUGCGACAGCUGGAGUGGGACGAGGAGUUGGCGAGGGGCGCUCAGCGGCAUGCUGAACAGUGCGUGUUCCAGCACGACUGUCGCGAUUGCAAACGAGUUGCGCGCUUCAAGGUGGGCCAGAACCUGUACAGCUCGUCCAGCACGCGGCUGGAGAACGCACCCGAAUGGAAGCGGGCUGUGUACGCCUGGUACGACGAGGUGGCCAUGUUCGACCCGCAGCGCAUCGAGCCGUUCGUAUUCGAGACCAGCAUCGGCCACUACACUCAGAUGGUGUGGGCAGAGACCACCCGCAUCGGCUGUGGCUACACCCUGUACAAGGAGGGACCCUGGUGGACCAAGCUGUACGUGUGCAACUACGGCGCGGCCGGGAACUUCCAGCGCGGCCAGAUGUACGAGAGGGGCGCCGCCUGCAGCAACUGCCCCAGCGGCACCACAUGCUCCAGAGAGUUUCCGGGCAUCUGCACGGAGGACGCAACGCUCCCGGCGACCACCCCUGCGGCGAUGGUCAGGCCGACGGCUAGACCGCCUACGCGGCGCCCGCCCACGGCGCAGCGGCCGCGGCCGACCGCCACCGCACCGCCGCGCCGGCCGGCUCCGGCCACCACUCUCCUUAGCUGCGACCUCGACCGCGACGGAUGCAGCGUCAAGUACGCCGGGUCCACCUGGAAGAUCAUCCGCACCAGCUCGGCGCAGCGCCGGAUCCUGGGCACGGCUGUGACGUUCGGCAGGUCGAGCCAGCUGACGUUCCAGAGUCGCGUGCAGCCGCCGCGCAGCGGCACCGUCUGCGUCACGUUCGCCUACAUGAAGUACGAGCUGCGCGGCAGCAGCCCCGUGGACCUGUUGGUGUCGCUGGAGCCGCUGACUGGCGGCCGGGCCGCGCGGCGCGUGGUGAGGCCCAACGCCCGCGGUCAGAUGCGGCGCGGCCGGGUCCAGCUGGAGGAAGUCUCGCAGCCGGGCCGGCUCCGCUUCUCUGCAGCCGUACCCAGCUUCGCGUUCGGUCAGGCCACCGUACUGGCGCUGGACGACGUCAAAGUCACCUCCGGACCGUGCGCUCGCAGCCCGUGAGACGGCGGUGCGCACACAGCGCACGGCCGACGGCGCAGAGGGAGGCGGGCGCCAUUUAUGAUGACCAUGCCGAGGCUAUAGGACUGCUACGUAGAUGAGAGGGCGGCAGCGUCGCUCGUCUUAAUGCACUGCUCCAGUGCACUGGAUAAGUUCAUUGCUGUUAGUGUCAGCCCGUCGAAUUUGGAAAAAGACAGGCUUGACCAUUACUUGCAUUUCUGUAGGGGUUUUCUGGUUGGUUACCUGCAUUUCUGCAGGUUAUUUGGUAGGUGCUCAGAUGGUUGUUUUAAUAUGAUUGUCCUGCGCCUUAAACGAUGCGAUUCGUCUGCACCCCAUACUAUACACUACACUCUGCAUCUCUGUACCUACUUCUCAGCACAGCUGGUUUUUAAUGUGCGCGGCAGACGGCCGAGAGUAACCUGUGCCGCCACAAAUCGCCCCC